AUGUCCCAAAACACUUUCCAAAUCAAAGCCGGCUUAGCCCAGAUGCUCAAGGGUGGUGUCAUCAUGGAUGUCGUUAACGCCGAACAAGCCAAGAUCGCUGAACAAGCUGGUGCUUGUGCCGUGAUGGCCUUGGAGAGAAUCCCAGCUGAUAUGAGAAACUCCGGCCAGGUCUGCCGCAUGUCCGACCCACAAAUGAUCAAGGAGAUCAUGGCCACUGUGUCCAUCCCGGUGAUGGCUAAGUGCAGAAUUGGUCACUUCGUCGAGGCCCAGGUCUUGGAGGCCUUGGAGAUUGAUUACAUUGACGAGUCUGAGGUCUUGACCCAGGCUGACAGACUGCACCACAUCAAGAAGGACGUCUUCAAGGUUCCAUUCGUCUGCGGGGCGAGAAACUUGGGCGAAGCCUUGAGAAGAAUCGCAGAAGGGGCUGCUAUGUUGAGAACCAAGGGUGAGGCUGGUACCGGUGACAUCUCUGAAGCUGUCAACCACAUCAACUUGAUCCAGGGCCAGAUUGCCCACGCCUUGGCUUUGACUACUGACGAAGAAGUCGAGGCUUACGCCAAGGAAUUGAAUGUCUCGUUGGUCUUGUUGAAGCAAUUGAUUGCUGACAAGGGUAAGUUCCCAGUUGUCAAUUUUGCUGCUGGUGGUGUUGCCACUCCAUCGGACGCGGCUUUGUGUAUGCAAAUGGGCUGCGAUGGUGUCUUUGUCGGUUCUGGUAUCUUCAAGUCCAAGAACCCAGCGAAGUUGGCCAAGGCUAUUGUCAACGCUGUAACCCACUACAACGAUCCAGUGAAGUUAUUGGAGUACUCCACUGACUUGGGCGAAUUGAUGUUUGGUGUCAGCGUCGCCGAGUUGAAGCCAGAGCAGAUGUUGUCCACCAGAGGUUACUAG